AUGACACAACAACGCACUAUCGCGAUUUCUAUGUUGAAUCUACUUCUCCUGACUCUGAUUUUCUAUCUGUGGUCUUCAGAUUUGAAUUCUGGUCAUCUUCUUCGUUACCCUAAAUCGUACGAGAGCAAUACUACACAACGAAAUAAAUUGGCCAAUCGAACUGCUAUUGCACUUGUAUUUUAUGGGCGUCAACGAUAUAUAAGGAUCUUAUAUUGUUAUUUGGUGCAGAAUUUGAUCGACAAUGGAGGUGUACUGUCAUCUGUUAUAUUUAUAGCAAAAACGAACGAAGCAUUAGAUCUGCCAUAUCUUGACGAGAUUGUUGCUAAGCAUCCUGGAAGAUUCUUUCGAAAAAAUACCACGAACAAAGAAAUCUCAUUUCACGAACAUUAUCAAUCAUUAAUAUCGGAUCAAUACUAUUUCAAAAUGGAUGAUGACACUGUCUACAUACAUCCCAAUACAUUAGCUUCAAUGUUGCAAGCAAAACUGACCCAUCCCGAGAUUUUAUUCGUUAGUGCUAACGUUAUCAAUCACCCGAUUCUAGGCCAAGUUCACGCACACAUGCGAGCUAUUCAUAACUUGACAGGUUUCGAAAAUUUUACAGGCUCACUUCACGCUUGUGAUUGGAGAAGUUAUCGAUGUGGAGUUCUACAGCAUGAAUCUUUUAUCAAACGAUACAAAGAAGGCACCUUAUCUGCAUAUAUGUUUCCAUUGUGGGAUUUUCACCACAUGGAAACACCUGGUAACUAUACUGGAUGGUCGAUUAAUUUUAUAUUGUUUCAAGGAAAAGAUGUAAUGGGUCUGGAUAUGGGAGAUGAUGAAUUGCAAAUCUCACGUCGUAUUCCGACGCUACAAAAGAAACAUUCUAUUGCAGUCGGCUCAGCGCUUACUGUUCAUUUUGCCUAUGGAUCUCAACGGUCAAAAGGUUUAGUCGGACGAGCAGAAUAUUAUCUUCUCGACAAAUAUGGAGAAGUUGCAAAGAAUGCUUGUAGCUUGAAAGUCUCAAAUACAUUCACAUAA